CAUAUAUCUGAGUAACGAGCCCGACGCUGACGAGCGGUUGUGCGUCUUGGAGAGGGCAGGGACGCCGGAGACGCGCAACGGCAGCAGCAGCAGCAGCAGCAGAGGAAGAUGCAGCAGCAGCGCAGUCUGUUUGGAGCCACCGGUUGAGAUCAUUCAACACUCCGAGCGCUGACUGUCUGAAGGGAUUGUGGGAUACAAAUCGACGCCCUCUGUCUCAACGAAAUCUUCCUAAACAAACGAUGGACAUCCUCCUCGGCCCCCUAAAAAGCCAAGAAAGCGUCGGGUGAGUGAGAUUUGAGAUGCUGCGCACCACGGCCAAAAUCCUGGAGCUUUUUUGAACAGGACUGUGGGUGUGUGCGCGUCGGGCUCGCCGUUACCUCCGGACUGCACUCGCCAACUUCCCCCGCUUUCCAUCAAGUCAUGUCUGAUACAGAGCGAUGGGCAAGUUUGACGACAACGAGAGGAUAAUCCUCAACGUCGGGGGCACCAGGCACGAAACCUACAAAACCACCUUGAAGACCCUGCCGGGGACGCGACUGGCCCUGCUCGCCUCCGAUUCGGACAUCGACUCCGUGCUGGAUCAGCUGCAACAAGUCCCCGGCUUCAUCGAGUACAACGCGCGGACCAACGAGUACUUCUUCGACCGCCACCCAGGUGUCUUCGCCUACGUCCUCAACUACUACCGCACCGGGAAGCUCCACUGCCCGGCGGAUGUAUGCGGACCGCUGUUCGAGGAGGAGCUCUCCUUCUGGGGCAUCGAUGAGACGGACGUGGAGCCCUGCUGCUGGAUGACAUACCGGCAGCACCGGGACGCGGAGGAGGCGCUGGACGUGUUCGAGCUCAACGUGGACAACGGGGAGGAGGACGACGAGAUAGCGAAGAGGCUCGGCAUUGAGGAUGUGGCUGCCGACGGUAAUGUCAGCCUGUGGAGGAAGUGGCAGCCGGUGAUCUGGAAUCUAUUCGAGGAUCCAUACUCCUCCAGGGCGGCGAGGUUUAUUGCCUUUGCAUCUUUGUUCUUCAUCCUGGUCUCCAUCACCACCUUCUGCUUGGAGACUCAUGAGGCUUUCAACACCAUCAUUAACAAGACAGAGCUGAUGCGGAACAGCAGCCUGCCAGACUCGGGCCCACAGUACGAGAUUGAAACUGACCCCGCGCUCACGUACGUCGAGGGCGUUUGUGUCUUCUGGUUCACCAUUGAGUUCCUGGUGCGUGUGACCUUCUGCCCGGUCAAGUUGGAGUUUGUUAAGAGCGUGCUCAACAUCAUCGACUUUGUGGCUAUCCUACCUUUCUACUUGGAGGUAGGGCUGAGUGGCCUUUCUUCAAAGGCUGCCAAGGAUGUGUUGGGGUUCCUCAGGGUGGUGCGCUUUGUUCGUAUCCUGCGUAUCUUCAAGCUAACACGUCAUUUCGUGGGGCUUAGGGUGUUGGGCCACACUCUACGGGCCAGCACCAAUGAAUUCCUGCUGCUCAUCAUCUUCCUGGCAUUGGGAGUGUUAAUUUUUGCCACUAUGAUCUAUUAUGCUGAACGCAUCGGCGCUAAGCCCAAUGACCCCACUGCUAGCCUCCACACCAAGUUCAAGAACAUCCCCAUCGGCUUCUGGUGGGCUGUGGUAACCAUGACUACAUUGGGCUAUGGCGAUAUGUAUCCAGAGACAUGGUCAGGCAUGGUGGUGGGGGCAUUAUGCGCCUUAGCUGGCGUGCUGACAAUAGCCAUGCCUGUGCCUGUUAUCGUCAAUAACUUUGGGAUGUACUACUCCCUGGCCAUGGCCAAGCAGAAGCUGCCCAAGAAGAGGAAGAAACACAUCCCUCAGGUGGUGCAGGGAGGGUCUCCCACCUACUGCAAAGCCGAUCUCAACACUACCUGCAACAGCACUCAAGGUGACCUGUGCCACGUCAAAGGGAGCAGGGUACUAGAACGCAACCGCUCAGUUCUGUCAGCAGAUUGCAGCGGGGGCAGUGACCUGACCAUGUCUCCAGAGGAGAGGGUCCCCAUGCGAAGGUCCAGCACUCGGGAGCAGGACCGCCGAAGUGGGGGAACAUGUUUUCUGCUUGCUGCUAGUGACUACACCUGCCCUGCAGAUGGAGGGAUACGGAAAACAGAUAACUGCAAAGAGGUUGUCUUUACUGGUUUCACACAAGCAGAGAGCAGCAUUCUAUCUUAAUGGCUUGGGGAAAGGCACCGCCAUGGCGGAAAGGUAACCUUCUGAAUGGGUGUGUGGCUCAGAUUGCAGUGCAGAACCCUCUCACCUACUUGGUCAUGAAUUACGAAUUGUGGUUUUGUGUGUAUGCACUAAGAAAUGGGGGUAAUUCAAUAACCAAUAAGAAGAGAUACCUGUAUGUGGUUGCAGAGAGAAGCACAGAUGGUAACAUUAAAGGUGCUGCUUGUAGCAUUUUAGUCAGUGGAUCAUUACCACAUUAAAAUAGUAACAUAAUUAGUGUAAAAUAAAUGAGACCAUCACUGAGGAGAAAAACAGUAUUUUGCAUCAUGUGCCACCAGAAUUGGUACAAAAUUUGCAUGAUUUACACUUAAAAAAAACCCUCCUUUCCAUUUCUGCUUUUUUAACUGCACAUCACCAAAGGCUAUUAACUGCAAACCCCCAAACCAGAUAGACAAACCUGAGCUCCCUUAAAACAUUUUAGGACUGUCAUUAAACCUCAUAUGAAACUAAGGCAGCCUUUCUGUUUCACUGAAAGGCUGUGUUAUUUAUUAUUGAGGAGACUUUUCUUCAUGAGAGGCAUAAAUUGCCUCGGUGCACCAACAGGUGUUGGACAGCAGACAUAACCAUGCAGUGAUGUGCCUCACCCAUCCCUACAGUAUGUCUAUACCAGAAGCAGAAGGUUGCUUAGCAACUGGCUCACAGCUAGAUGCGUCUUACACAUAGCUCGGCAAAAAGUCAAACAAUUAAAAAGAAGAGCUCUUGCAAACAUUUUUCUUUGUCUGUAGACCAAAUUAUUGAAUCACCCCCACCCAGACCACCGCAAUAUACAAAGCAGCUUUUAUAUUUCUGUAUAUAUGCAUAAAGAGCACCAUAGGUUUGUACUAUGUUGUCAUUUUUGUGCAUAUAUUUUAAACAGCAAAUGUGCAUGACAAGGUAUUCUGAAAUGAUGUUCAACAAAGACAGAUGAUGCAUUUCUGAUAUUUAGAGAUGUGACCUGUUUAUAUUUUAUUUAGACAGUUCAUUUCCUAUUUGAAUGACAGUGGGAUGAGACUGUCAUCAGUAUGAGGACCUAUUGCAGUGGGAGGACGCCAUUUGGAGCUAUAAGGCCACUCCUACAGGACAAUAUGGAUGGGAACGCACGCAAAAACCACUGGCUGACAGUUGCCCAGCUCAUGGCUCAGCAAGCAGGAAAAGAACCUUAAGAUCUGGGAGGACUUUGAUAAGCAUUUACCUUUUCC